UAGAGUCGUGCUCUCUCAAAUGAUUCUGAUGACAGCUGAUUUUAUUUCUAUCAGCAAUGGAAACUGAUCUUCUCUGCUAAAUCCUCUGUGAAUCUCUCUGCUUUUGGAAAACUGGAACCAUGUCUGAACCUGAAGGAAAAGAAAGGGUCAUUCCUGACUAUAUGUUUGCCAUUUAGCAAACAGUUGAUCAAAGCUGGUAGUCACUUUGCUCCAGAGGAUCAGCAGGAGGGAUCGAUAGAUUAAAGGAACCCGUUCAGCUAACGAGAAUGUGGGAGGCAAUAGCACUACAUCAGUGCGAGGAAAGGAGGAAACAUGACCACGGAGAAAGUGAAACUGUCUGAUGCUAAACAGAAACAAAGGGAGGGGAACAUUAAGCAAAUGACUGCAGGAAACAGUGAUAACUGACUUGGCACAGACACGGCAGCACAUCAUCUCCUCUCGUUUAUCCUGAACUAUCUGAAAACCGCUCAUCCACUCUUGUCUGAAGAUCAAGUCUGUCAACAUUACUGCUCUGAGGCUGCCUUGUUGAAAGAUCUUCAAGUUCAAGUUUAAAUUCUGCACUUCACUGUCAGAUGACUUUCAACUAGCUGUGAACACAUAGUUGAAUUACAGAUCACGCUGAAGAUGACACCAGCACCUUUGAUCUCAUUGGUAACUUCACCUGGAACCAAUUAUUCUAAUUCAUCCACUAUCAGCCCCCCAAUCCCUCUGCUUUCAGGUUUACUCAUGUCCUGCCUCACUAUGAUAUUUGGCACCAUCUCUAACCUCACUGCUUUGGGAAUCCUGACCAAGACCCGUGCCAGAUUUCGAGGCCAGUCCAAAGCAACUUUUCUUCUGCUAACAGUGGCUUUACUUCUAGCUGAUUUGGGAGGUCACCUGAUCCUUGGUGCCUUUGCAUUAUAUGGACACAUAAAUAGGGGAUAUAAGAUGGUAGAAUUAAAAUCCAAUGGGAACUUCUGUAAUGUCUUUGGAGCAAGUAUGGUGUUUUUUGGCUUGUGCCCUUUAGUUUUGGGCUGUGCCAUGGCCGUUGAGCGCUGGGUGGCCAUCAAUAGACCCUUUCUCCAUCUUUCCUUUAAAGUGGCUCAUGCAUGGCAAGUGGUGCUACUUUUGACCACAUCUGCUCUUGUGCUGGCUUUAUUACCUAUUUUUAACAUUGGUAACUACAUUACCCAACCCCCAUACACAUGGUGUUUUUUGCCUAUUCAGGAUUCACAGUCUACAGUUGACAAAUAUUUAGUUCUGGUCUUCUUAAGUUUGGGCCUCACUGCACUUAUCAUUUCCCUGCUCUGCAACAUUCUGAGUGGCAUACCCCUAGUAAAGGCCAGAAUGAAGUCGAGGAACUGUUACAGAAGACCUUCAGCUCACGGUGUUCAUCAUGUACAGUCUUCCUCCAUGUUUUGUUCAUUGGACGUGGAGAUGCUGGUACAACUCGCUGCCGUCACUGUGGUGUCCUGUGUCUGCUGGGGCCCCUUUUUUAUUAACAUUCUCAUGAAGCAGCUCACCUGGGGUCCCAAUAACCAGGAAAAGGGGUUUACUCUCCAGAGUGUGCGUAUGGCUUCCUGGAAUCAGAUCCUGGACCCCUGGGUAUACAUCUGAAGGACUAUGCUCUCUAGGCUUUGCUGUGGCCGUGUGAACAUCACCACGCCAAGUGACUCAUUUGUUGAUAGCCGCAGACCAACCAUCACUCUGCAAUGACUCAUUUUCCCAAAGUUUUUAUUUUAUUUUUCACAGAUUUUUUUUUACUUUCUUUAACAUUUUAGUUAAACAAAAAAAGACUAUAAAACGCAUUAUUUUGUUGUUAUAUUGUAUUGUAUCUUGUCAGUAUUUAACUAUCUAAUAUCCUGAGGUCAUGUAGCUAAAAGUGUGCGGAAGAGAACUUAACCACAUGUCACUGCAUUUCGUUAGUAGUCUGUACCGGCGCCCUGGUGAUUUGUCCUACAUUCAGCACGGACCACCUACUAUUCGAUUGGCUGUUCCUUUGGGCAGGGUUAAAUUGGUCCAAUCAAAAUCGAGAAAAUCUUAACGGACGCAAAGAUCAGCCAAUAGAAGCGCCGAUUAAGACCCCUCACACCCGGGAUGGGCGGUGCUUGAGAGACAGUGGCACUCUUCAACAUGGAGUACAGAGUAUAGCCCGAUUCUCACCGCACUUUAUACUUUUUCUU